GAAUGACCUUAAGUCCUUACGUGUUAGCCAAUAAGCACAUGACAAACCGUUGCUCUUUUGAGACGUUGGAACAAGCUUAAUAGGUAUGGUGAGAUAUUAGUUUUUUUUUACAGCAACUUAUACCAAAAUGCUUCUGUUAUUAAUAAAGAAACCUCUACUCAUGCUUUAAAAAUCAAAUUGGACUGUGCAUAAUACGAUCACAUAUAAGUUUAAGAGUCGAAAUUUUGGGGUAGCUGCAAUAUAAAAUUAUUAGGAAGUGCAACAAAUAUUCAACAGUUUUAACUGGUCUGGGGUUUAUCCACGAAAUUCCGAGUUAUUUUUGCGAAAAUCCUCACAACGUUUGGAGGAAAUUUUGGUUUUCCCCAAUAUUUCCCCAGACUUUGUAGAAGACUACCAAAUAUCAUGUUACUUUAAAAAAAUUUUUCAGAAUUUCCUCAAUACUCGGAGAUCGCUUAUCCUAAAAUACCAACUCCAAAGUCAACAGCGAUAUGACUACGUCAAUAUACACUAAUAAAUGUCCUGUUAUAUGUACAUAAAAAGAUUUCGUCCUUACAUACUUUUAAAAGCAGAAAAAAGACAAGAAAGUUUCAGAGCACAUAUAUAUUAAUAUAAUGCCAACUAACAAACGAUGUAGAUGAAUGAUGAUUAACCCACGUUCGUGGAUGUCUGACCUUCCCUCUCAUAUAUCACAGAAGGCCCUUAAUCUGAUAAGCAUUCCAGGUAGUCAUAAUUCAUUUACGUAUUCGAUUACUCGACAUAGUCCUCCUUCUCCUGAUGGUCCUAUUUUUCGUUUGGAUACAUGUUUACCUCGUUCAUUUUUAAGCCGAAUAUUGUAUCCUUGGAGUGUGACACAGUCACUAAGUUUAUUCGAUCAACUGGAAGCUGGGAUUCGAUAUUUUGACUUUCGUAUUUGUGCACGACAAAAAUGUUUGAACAAAUGUAAAAAUGAUGAAUCUGAAUUUUAUUUAGCACACGGACUGUACGCAAACCUGUUAUCUACAGAACUUCAGAGCAUUCUUGGUUUCCUCAAAGCCAAUCCGAGAGAAGUUCUUAUUGUGGAUUGUAAUCAUUUUUAUAAUUUUGAAACUGAUGAACAGGAAUGUUGUUUUGAAUCAACUGUUUUAAAGAUUUUAAAUAAUGUUAUGUUCCCUUAUCAAAAAAAUAUUCCAACAUUAGAAGAACUUUGGAGUGCUAAGCAACAAAUCAUAUUUAUAUCCUGCCAUCGAGAAUCCCCCGAGAAGAUCCAUCCAAAAUUUUGGCCUUCUAGUAGCAUAAAAUCAUUUUGGCCGGAAACUGUUGGUCCACGAGCUAUGAUUUCAUUCCUAAAUAACCAUAUUAAACCACAUCUUCAUAGACCUGAUAAUAUUUUCUCUGUACACCAAGGUAUUCUUACUCCAACUUUAUCAUUCAUUUUACUGCAUCCAUUUAGUUCAGUUCAUCGUUUAGCUAAAAUAGCUGGAAAGUAUUAUCAACAAUGGUUAAAUAAACCAAAUCAGUUAGCUGGACCAGAUGGUAUUAACAUCACACUUAUUGACUUUUUUGCAACUACUUACCCAACAUAUAUACGUGAUGUUGUAUCAAUAAACUAUAAAACAUGGCCAAACGAUAAAACAUCUACUUAAGGUUUUUUUAUCACCAGUGUUUUAUUAUUUUUUGAUUUUCAAUUUUAUUUAUUCCCGCUUUCAUACUUCCCGAGUUAACCGUUAUUUUUUUAUAAAUUCUACGAUUUGAAAUUUUGAUAAUUCUUUUCAUUUAAUGCAUAUGGUUACUUCCUUUUUUGUAAUAUUUAAAAAAAAAGAAUAGAAAAGCUAAAGAAGAGUUGUUUUCUUAGUUAACGUACAAAUUAUGGUGUUUUUUGGAAAUGCUUACCUUCAGUAUUCCUAUUCAACUUCAUCAUAUGAGUACUGGACGAUGCUAUUCGUUUCCCGUCUUGUUUUUGCUUGAAUCAACCAAUUUAUUUCAAGUAUACAAAUGUGAUGUAUCUCAUUUAGACCGAAAUGAUACUAAGUGUUUGUUUUAUGAACAUAUUUAUUAGGACAACUAAAAAUAUUUAAUACAUGCUUUGAAUUUGUCAAAUUUCAGAUAACACUUCAAGAUUACUACAUUAAUCAAUAACAAUUUACAUCAUCCUCAAAAGUGGGCUGGUAGCAAAAGACAAUUUGACAUAAUUGUAAUGAUGAGGAUGAUGAUUGAAAUCUUGGGUAGUACAGUGUCUAGUGGUCAAACACUAACGUGCCACAAAUACUGUAUUUGAACCGUUUGUUGGUAUCUGUUAUAUAUUACAUAUUAUCGGAAAAAAGCAUCAGUGAUUUGGAAAUAUUCAUAUUUUUUCUUCUUUAAAUACUGAACACCGUAUAUACAAAACUAUUAACUAUCCUAUUUCAGUUAUUAUUCAACUUAUAAUUAUGCUAUUAGGGGGUAAUAUCAACCUGAGAUGGUGGGGAAGAUUUGUAGCUCAG